ACUCGAUUAAGUAAGCCGGUCAAGGUGUAUUUUGACUAUAAAACAAUCAGAAUUUUGGUGCCGAGUUUAAUUUUGGCUCUGAAUGCAGUGGUGAUUGCAUUCUUCUAAGGAAAUAAAUGAAAUUGAAAUUUGCUCGAAAUAAUUGAAAAAGUUGAUCAAAACAUAAACAUUCACACAUAAAAAUAGUAAAUUCAUUCAAAUCUUGUUAGUUACAAGAGAAAAAAAUUCAGUCCAAGUUCAAUUGAAGUGAAAUUGAUUUAUUGAACGUGAAUUUUACUCAAGGAACGAAAACCAAGUCAAAAAUGUCGCUGUCGAAUAUCAAAGAAACUCUGAAAAUCGUGUCAGUUGAUGCAAAAGAUAUACGCUGGCCUACUUCAUUGGGUGGCCAUGGGUCUGAUGCAAUGCACACUGACCCGGAUUACUCGUGUGUUUAUGUAACAAUCAAAACGAAUGAAUCGAUUGAAGGCUACGGAUUGACUUUCACUCUCGGCCGUGGCAAUGAAAUUGUUCGGAUGGGCUGCAAAGCACUCAGUACAUUGAUUGUCGAUCGUCAUUUGCGCAAUGAUAUUUACGCACGAUUCGGUAUAUUCUGGCGAGAGCUAACCAGCGAAACUCAAAUGAGAUGGCUUGGUCCAGAGAAAGGUGUGAUGCACCUGGCUGUUAGUGCUAUCAUCAAUGCACUAUGGGAUCUCUGGGCAAAACUGGAGAAAAAACCACUUUGGCGCCUAUUGUGUGACAUGGAUCCUGUAUUGCUGGUAUCAACGAUCGAUUUCCGUUACAUAAGUGAUGUGGUGACACCGGCUGAAGCUGUAAAAAUGUUGAAAGAGGGUCAGAAUGGCAAACAGCAGCGAAUUGAUGAACUCCUAAAGAAUGGCUACCCGUGUUAUACCACGCAAGUUGGUUGGAUCGGCUACUCCGAUGAGUAUCGCCGUAGCUUGUGCAAAGAGUAUUUGGCCCAAGGAUUUAAUGCAUUCAAAUUGAAAGUUGGUCAAAAUUUAGAGGACGACCGCCAUCGAUGUCGUCUGGUGCGCGAAGAAAUCGGAUGGAAGAAUAAGUUGAUGGUUGACGCAAAUCAAAUCUGGGACGUAAAUGAGGCGAUUGAAUGGAUGAAAAAUUUGUCUGAAUUCAAAAUUUGGUGGAUUGAAGAGCCAACAUCUCCUGAUGAUGCCCUGGGCCAUGCCACCAUUGCCAAGGCAUUGAAACCAUACGGAAUCGGCGUUGCUUCGGGUGAAGCGUGCAUGAACCGAAUUAUGUUCAAACAAUUCUUGCAAGCCGGCGCAUUGGAAUUCUGUCAGAUUGAUUCUGCUCGCAUCGGUGGAGUGAAUGAAAUAUUAUCAGUUUAUUUUAUGGCCAAGAAGUUUGGAGUGAAAGUAUGUCCACACGCUGGUGGAGUCGGUCUUUGUGAAAUGGUUCAACAUUUGCAAAUGUGGGACUUUACGUCAGUGUCUUGCACAAACACCGAUCGAUAUGUGGAGUACGUUGAUCAACAGCAUGAACAAUUUGUCAAUCCAACCAAUGUGAAAAAUGCUCAUUACUUGGCACCCACUGCGCCUGGAUACAGUACCGAACUGAAGAAAGAUGCAAUCGUCAAGUUUGAAUAUCCAAAUGGCAGCGAAUGGCAAAAUAUGUUCAAAUUAGGUAUUAUGAAAGAAAUUAAAUACUAAAUUGGUCUCGAAUUCUUUUGGGCAAUAAAUGGAUUGUUUUUAUUCGAAUAUUUGAAAAAUCAAUUCAUCAAUGUUUUGGAGAUGUAAAUUAGAAAAUUGAACAAAAUGUGAGUCAAAAUAGAAAAUAAGGAGUAUUCAUCAAAGGACAUUCUAAAAAAAAAGCACUAUAAUAAAAUAUGGAAAAAUGUAUCAUUCAAACAUAAGAAUGUACAAAUAAUUGUCUUUGCUUUGAAAAAGGAUAUUUUCUCGGAAUUAAAGUCAAAAACCAAAUAUUGCUAACGUAAUGUA